GGCAGAGUGGUUCAAUUCCACCUUUCGGGCGCAUGAGAAGUAGGCUGAGGAGGAGAUAUGCGACACAACUAGCUUUUUAACAAAUUACUAUUAAAAUCUGAACUAUUUUAGACCCCCUCGAGAACAUUACUACUGUUAAACCCCCGGAAGCUCGGCCGUGCAAACAACCAAUCAGCGCAGUAAGCGCUGGUGUCUGUCACAGGAAAGGACGUGUGGUGCCCUUGGGUAGCUUUACAGCGUGUGCUGACUGAGAGGCUAGCAGGCUAACACUGAUCAUGUAAACUUAAAUGAAACAUCUUCUGUUCGCGUUAUUCCCCGGUUUUGUCCAAUAAAAUGCCUCUACACAAGUAUCCACCAAAAAUCUGGGAGGUCCUGAAGCUGCAGAAGGGCAUCUACGCCCGUUUACCCCAGCACUACCUGCGCUCUCUGCAGGACACCACCCCUCCUACUCCUGUGCACUGGAAACCACUGGGUGUCAAAUACAGACUCGAUCCUAAAACUGGACACCGAGAGCGAGUCCAGGAUGUGCCUGUGCCUGUUUAUUAUCCGCCAGAAUCACAGGACGGACUCUGGGGUGGAGAAGGCUGGAUAUCUGGCUUUAGAUAUGCCAAAGAUGACAAGCUUUCUACAAGACUGCGCAAAACCUGGAAGCCGCAGCUGUUUAACAGAGAGCUGUACAGUGAGAUCCUCGACCAAAAGUUUACUGUAACAGUCACAGCUCGCACACUGGACCUUAUUGAUGCUGCUUUUGGCUUCGACUUCUACAUUCUUAAGCAGACCCCAAAACAAGAUUUGAACUCCAAGUUUGGAAUGGAUCUAAAACGUGCAAUGCUUUUACGUCUGGCGCGGAAAGACACGGAUUUGUACACUGAUGAUACGUCUCGCAGGGAAAAAAUCUACAACCGCUACAAGCAGCAGUUUGAGAUCCCAGAGGAGGAGGCUGAAUGGAUGGGCUUGAGUCUAGAGGAAGCAGUAGAGAAACGGAGACUACUGGAAAAGAAGGAUCCAGAGCCUCUUCACAACAGUUUGGUGAAGAAGCUUGUGGAGGAGCUCACCAUUAAGAAGCUCUCAGAGCCUCAGAUUGUGGAGAAAAAAUGAUGACUAUUAUUCUCUUCUCUGGCAUCCUCCAUGUCUGUCAUACAAUCUGAAGAAUAAACGAUAAUGUAUUUAUUUUGUACUAACAUCAUCACCAACAACGUGCUUAUUUUCUGUAAAUAUGUCAUUUUUACUUCAUAAUAAAUUGAAUCAGCU